AUGACGACUUCAACUGGGACCGGGUGGGCGCAGCUCCGACAACAGGCCCGGUCUCUUGAGACCCGAACAGAGUCUCUAUUCCACUCGUAUGCCCAAUAUGCUUCCAUGAGCCAGCUUCCCGCAAAACCGUCGGAGGAUGAGAACAGGCUGGAAGCUCAGAUCCAGGAUAUCCUGAGCAGGCGAGAAACACUCAUAUCCCAGCUUUCCCGCCUUCUUGACUCUGAGUCCGCCUUGACCGCCUCUGCAUUAAAACAGAACAACCUUUCCCGUCACCGGGAGGUCCUGCUCGAACAUCGUCAAGAGCUCAAACGCCUAAAAGCCACUAUAUCAGAGACCCGAGACCGCGUGAACCUGCUUUCUAAUGUCCGGUCAGAUAUAGAUGCGUACCGCGCCUCAAACCCUUCUGGAGCGGAGGCAGACUACAUGCUCGAGGAGAGAGGUCGGUUAGACAGCAGCCAUAACAUGAUGGACAGUGUCCUGAGCCAGGCGUAUGCUGUGAAUGAAAGCUUUGGCUUACAGCGAGAGACACUGGCCAGCAUCAAUCGCCGCAUCGUUGGUGCAGCGAGCCAGAUACCUGGCGUUAAUAACUUAAUUAACAAGAUCGGUGCCAAGAGAAGACGGGAUGGUAUUAUUUUGGGGACAUUUAUCGGAAUUUGCUGCUUAAUGGUGUUUUUCUUCAGGUAA